GCGAAGCAGAGUUUGAAACUCUCCUCCUCUGCAUUCUACCAGCCAACACUCUCCUUCCUUCUCCCUCGCACAAUUUGGAGGCAGAUGGCCGGAAAAUUCAGUGCGGCACCGGAGACGUAUUCUCCGUUUCCAUCACAGCGAAAGGAGAAAGCAUCGGCUCCCGCCGGCGACGAUUGGGUUCGUUCGGACGGCCGUCACUUCUACGGGUGCCGCGAAGCAUUGCUAAACACUGGUGCAGUGAAAGCAGCUUCAGGAUCUGCUUAUGCAGAAUUUGGAAAUACUAAGGUCAUUGUUUCAGUAUUUGGGCCAAGGGAGAGUAAGAAAGCAAUGACGUACAUUCAUACAGGGAGGUUGAAUUGUAAUGUUACUUAUGCAACUUUUUCCACUCCUAUUCGUGGGCAGUCAGCAGAGAAUAAAGAGCUGUCCUCAAUGCUGCACAAAGCUUUGGAAGGUGCCAUAAUGCUUGACUCAUUUCCAAAGACCACUGUGGAUGUAUUUGCGUUGGUUUUGGAAUCUGGUGGCAGCGAUCUUCCUGUAAUUAUAACGUGUGCUAGCCUAGCGUUAGCUGAUGCAGGGAUUUUGCUGUAUGAUUUGGUUGCCGCAGUUUCUGUGUCUUGUGUGGGAAAAAACCUACUCAUAGAUCCGACUUCGGAAGAGGAAAGCUUGCAAGAUAGAAGCUUAACGAUGUCAUGUAUGGCAUCGCGCAAGGAGAUCACUCAAUUGUUCUUCACCGGGGAAUGGACCACCCCAAAGUUGAAUGAAGCAAUGGAGCUAUGCAUUGAGGCAUGUUCAAAACUAGGGAAUAACAUGAGAGCUGCUUGCUUGGAGCACUGUGUCCCUUCUGAAUAGUCAGUCCCAAGAGUGUUUUUAGGAUAUAGUGCUAUGGGUAUGCAGGCUUUAUGUGCCCCCCCCCCCCAAUUCUUUCCUCCCUAUCUUUUUUCCCAUUAAAUUAUGCAACUUCACCAACAUUUUUUUUUCAUGAGUAGGAACAAUUUGGAUGUCUGGCGCUAUUUGUUGUUGUUGGCUUAAAUGGUACUGUAGUUCAGAAUUGGAAAGUAUAAAUGGUUUUUAUAAAG